AUGCAGCGUAUCAGGGAAGGCAUUCACAUACGCACCAUGAAGGCGAAGAGGAAAGUGGAAGAGAUCUCCAAAGAGGACGUCCAGGCUUUCCUCAAGAAGAACGCCUUUGUGCUCUUCACAGUUGGGGCAGUUAUUGUAGGUAUUGUUCUGGGAUUCACGCUCCGCCCUUAUAAGAUGACCUAUCGAGAAGUGAAGUACUUCUCUUUCCCCGGAGAGCUUUUAAUGAGAAUGCUUCAGAUGCUUGUUCUGCCCUUACUCAUCUCCAGUCUCAUAACAGGAAUGGCAGCUUUGGACAGCAAAGCCUCAGGAAAGAUGGGCAUGAGAGCCGUGAUUUACUACAUGACCACGACUUUUAUCGCAGUCUUCAUCGGCAUCAUAAUCGUCCUCAUCAUCCACCCAGGAAAAGGAUCAAAAGAUGAGUUUGGAAAGCAGCAGACAAUAGAGCAAGUCAGUCCUGCUGAUGCCUUCUUAGAUCUGAUCAGAAACAUGUUUCCACCAAACCUGGUCCAAGCGUGCACACAGCAGUUCAAAACCAAAUAUGGAAAGCGAGUGGUCCACGCGACGCUGACAGUGAACGACACCCUCUUCAACUCAACCAACGGCACCCAGGAGGUCAUGGAGAUUGCCCGCGAGGAAGUGAUCCCGGUGCCGGGUCAGGUGAACGGGGUCAACGCGCUCGGGCUGGUGGUCUUCUCCAUGUGCUUUGGUCUAAUAAUUGGCAACAUGAAGGAGCAGGGCCAGCUCUUGAGGGACUUCUUCGACAGCCUCAAUGAAGCUAUCAUGCGCCUGGUUGCCAUCAUCAUGUGGUAUGCUCCUAUUGGUAUCCUGUUCCUGAUUGCCGGAAAGAUUGUGGAGAUGGAUGAUCUGACACAGAUGGGUGGCCAGCUGGGCAUGUAUACAAUCACAGUUAUCAUUGGCUUAAUGAUCCAUGCCAUUCUUAUUCUGCCCACUCUUUACUUUGCUAUCACUCGGCAAAACCCCUUUAUCUUCAUUGCUGGGCUGCUGCAAGCUCUGGUAACAGCCCUGGGCACCUCCUCCAGCUCUGCCACCCUCCCCGUCACCUUUAAAUGUCUGGAGGAGAACAACAAAAUUGACAAGCGAAUCACUCGUUUCGUGCUGCCUGUGGGUGCCACCAUCAACAUGGAUGGAACGGCACUGUAUGAGGCACUGGCAGCUAUCUUCAUUGCCCAGGUCAACAAUAUGGAGAUGAACUUUGGUCAGAUCAUCACCAUCAGCAUUACAGCAACUGCAGCCAGUAUUGGAGCUGCUGGCAUCCCUCAGGCAGGCCUGGUCACCAUGGUGAUUGUACUGACCUCAGUUGGACUUCCUACUGAUGACAUCACUCUCAUCAUUGCGGUUGAUUGGUUCUUGGACCGUCUGCGCACCACGACCAAUGUUCUGGGCGAUUCGAUUGGCGCCGGCAUCGUGGAGUUCCUGUCUCGACACGAGCUCCGCAGCAAAGACGUGGAGAUGGGAAACUCGGUGCUGGAGGAGAAGGAGAGGAAGAAACCAUACAAGCUCAUCUCCCAGGACAGUGAUUUUGAAAAUGACAAACGCGCUCACAGUGAAUCAAACAUGUAG